AUGCUGAAAUCAAUCACAGUCCUUGCUGUGGUCCUGGCCGUGGCCAGCGCCGAGCUCCACCGUGUGCCCGUUCUCAAGCAGGAGAACUUCGUGAAGACACGAGGCAACAUCAAGGCUGAGCUCUCUCACCUGCGUGCCAAGUAUGGCCUGCCAGUGGGUCGCGCUGUCGAGGAGGAGCUCUCCAACUCGAUGAACAUGGCCUACUAUGGUGCCAUCACCAUCGGUACUCCUCCACAGAGCUUCAAGGUACUGUUCGAUUCGGGCUCCUCCAACCUGUGGGUGCCAUCCAACAACUGCCCCAGCUAUGCCUGCAAGGUGCACAACCAGUAUGACUCCAGCGCCUCCUCCACCUACGAAGCGAACGGCGAGAGCUUCUCCAUCCAAUACGGCACUGGCAGCCUCUCUGGCUUCCUGUCCACCGAUACUGUUGAUGUGAAUGGACUGUCCAUCAAGAAGCAGACCUUUGCUGAGGCCACCAACGAGCCAGGCACCAACUUCAACGACGCCAACUUCGAUGGUAUUUUGGGCAUGGGCUAUCAGUCCAUUUCUCAGGACAAUGUUGUGCCACCCUUCUACAACAUGGUCUCUCAGGAUCUGGUUGAUCAGUCUGUGUUCUCUUUCUAUCUGGCUCGCGAUGGCACCUCCACCCAGGGCGGUGAGCUGAUCUUUGGCGGCUCUGACUCCUCUCUGUACAGCGGCGACUUCACCUAUGUGCCCAUCUCCCAGGAGGGCUAUUGGCAAUUCACCAUGGCCGGUGCCUCCGUUGAGGGCUACUCCUUGUGCGACAGCUGCCAGGCUAUCGCCGAUACUGGUACCUCUCUGCUUGUGGCUCCAGCCAACGCCUACGAGCUGCUGAAUGAAAUCCUCAAUGUCAAUGAUGAGGGUCUUGUCGAUUGCUCCACCGUCAGCUCAUUGCCCGUGAUCACCUUCAACAUUGGUGGCACUAACUUCGACCUGAGCCCCUCGGCCUACAUCAUCCAAUCCGACGGCGAGUGCAUGUCGAGCUUCCAGUACAUGGGCACCGACUUCUGGAUCUUGGGCGAUGUCUUCAUUGGACAAUACUACACCGAGUUCGAUUUGGGCAACAACCGCAUUGGCUUCGCCCCAGUCGCUUAAACAGUAAACGAACCUUCCGUGAAAGCAAAUAAAGUGAUAUCAUAGAGCAUUAUA